UCAAGCGAUAUAAGAAUGUUAGCAACGUCUGUGCCUCUCUAUCCUCCACAAUCCCCAGGAUGAAGGGGAUGCUAUGGGCCGUUAUAUUUGUGGUACUGCCUGCAACUCAAGCUGACAUCCAAGCCAUCAAAUAUCCACAAAGUCUUGAAAAAUGCCUAAAAUCCUUUGGCGAUGGCGAAGCUACACAAAUUGUAGGAGAAAACCUGGCGUGCUUUUGCAUUUCUACAUUUGCUUUUCGCAACAAACAGAAGAUCAAACCGCACGUGGCUAGCGAACAAGUACGUCAAUACGUCGACAAGAUGUCCCAAAACCCAACCAAAAGGAGGCGAAAACGAGGCACAUUUUUACCACCAGGAAACCUGAGGAUACGCAAGGAAUACCGGAUGUUGAGCGAACGAGAGCGGGAAAACUAUCAUAACUGCAUGAAUCAACUGAAGAGACCUAAUAACAACGGCUUCUCUAGAUAUGACGAACUAGCUAGUAUACAUAGUGGAAACAUUAACGCUCACGGAGGCGUUAACUUCCUUGCAUGGCACAGAGUCUAUCUUUGGACGUAA